GAUAAAUUGUCUUACAGUACUGGUGUUGGAGUGUUAGAUAAUCAUCACGGAUUGUUCAGGAACAGCAACGUGCAGAGAAUCCAGGAAUUCAAGAAGGAUGGAGCUCAAACUUGUUUGCGUUUUACUACUGGCUUUUACGCUUUCAGCUGAAGCAGGUGCCACAACUGAAAGCUCGAGCGCAACACCUUCCACAGAAGGCUCGAGUCCAGCAACUUCCACAACUGAAGGCUCGAGCGCAACACCUUCCAUAGAAGGCUCGAGUCCAGCAACAUCCACAACUGAAGGCUCGAGCGCACCACCUUCCGCAGAAGGCUCGAGUCCAGCAACUUCCACAACUGAAGACACGAGCGCAACACCUUCCACAACUGAAGACACGAGCGCAACACCUUCCACAACUGAAGACACGAGCACAACACCUUCCACAACUGAAGACACGAGCACAACAACUUCCACAACUGAAGACACGAGCGCAACAACUUCCACAAUUGUAGGUUCGAGCGCAACACCUAUCAAAACUGGAGUCUCGAAGUCAACAGAGACAGCGCAGUUCAAGAUAGAACUUAUGGUAAAAGUGAAUGCAAGCUUCGAUGAUUUGCUGCAGAACGCCUCAUCUGAAUUGUAUAAAAACCACGCCAGCGAGUUCAAGGAAAAGAUGAUGCCAGUGUACGAAAACAUACCUGGGUUCUUGUAUGUCGAAGUAACUGGGUUCUCUGAAGGGUCCAUUAUUGUCCAUCACAAGGUAAUCAUCAAGCCUGAUGCAGAAAACGGUAAAGAAGAUUUAUAUAGGAUAAUCCAAACAAAGAUGAAUAUCUUGACCAUUUUCAACCGACCCGUGGAACUCAACGACAUCGGCUUCAAAUCACUCUUGGACACUAUUAAAGAUAAUUGCAAAGCUGGAGGUAUAUGCCUCAAAGGUUUUACGUGUAAAAAUGGCAACACUUCAAGUACGACAUGUCAAUCUCCAUGUACACCGGUUGACUGUCACCGGGGUACUUGUUACGUCAACACGGAUGGAAAACCUACAUGCAAAUGCAAUUCAUCGGACGAUGUCGUGUACGGUGGUGACAAAUGCGACGUACAGGGAACACGAAUGUCCAUGGGCACGGGGGGACAUCGCUGGCAUAGCUGGUGGAGUGGGGGGAGGAGCGAUCCUGCUGCUCUCCAUUGCCCUAGGUUGCAUGUGCUGUUCAAGAAGAAAGGGGGAAGAAUCCUGAGAAGGAUAUGGCAAACGAAGACGAAGUAGCUCUGUCGGAGCGGAUGGAGCGAGAUAUCUACAGCCACAGACAGCCUGGUCAGUUCAACUACGGUGCGGACAUCAAGGACGAGUAUCGGUAUACCGGUCGGAAGGACGAGGGACGAGGAUAUG